UUUAAAGCAAUUUGGCUGUGCCAAAUUCUUAUCCUUUCUCCAAACCAUUCCAAAAGAAAAUAUUGAUUAUAUGUUUGCCCUGGCUGGGGGCAAACAUAGCUGAUUUUCCAGCAAUUUGGCUGUGCCAAAUUCUCCGAACCAUUCCAAAAGAAAAUAUUGAUUAUAUGUUUGCCCUGGCUGGGGGCAAACAUAGCUGAUUUUCCAGCAAUUUGGCUGUGCCAAAUUCUUCGAACCAUUCCAAAAGAAAAUAUUGAUUAUAUGUUUGCCCUGGCUGGGGGCAAACAUAGCUGAUUUUCCAGCAAUUUGGCUGUGCCAAAUUCUUCGAACCAUUCCAAAAGAAAAUAUUGAUUAUAUGUUUGCCCUGAAAUUGUGCCAAAUUCUUAUCCUUUCUCCGAACCAUUCCAAAAGAAAAUAUUGUUUUCUUUAAUUUUGAUUUACCAACCUUUGAAGACUGGUCAAAAGGGAGCCAUUAAUUCAAAAUAUUAUACAUCUUUUUUUUUUUAUGUCUCAUCUCUUCUCUUCUCUUCUAGGCUUUAUUUAAGUGGAACCAAGUGAAAGGCAAAUUUACAAAACGGAAACAGAAUCCGAAGAAGAAGAAGAAGAAGAAGAUGAGCAGUGGAGCAGGAAAGAUCGUGUGCGUCACCGGUGCGUCCGGCUUCAUAGCUUCAUGGAUCGUCAAGUUUCUUCUCCAGCGCGGUUACACUGUCAGGGCCUCUGUUCGCGACCCAAAUGAUCCCAAAAAAACAAACCACUUACUCGUACUUGAUGGAGCUAAGGAGAGACUUCACCUCUUCAAAGCAAAUCUACUGGAAGAAGGUGCCUUCGAUUCUGCUAUUGAGGGCUGUGAAUGUGUAUUUCAUACUGCAUCUCCCUUCUUUAUUGAUGUUAAGGACCCACAGGCAGAGCUACUUGAACCUGCAGUAAAGGGAACACUUAAUGUUCUUAAUUCGUGUGCAAAGUCUCCAUCUGUGAAGCGGGUAGUUUUGACAUCUUCUGUAGCUGCAGUUUCAUUCAAUGAAAGACCUCAAACCCCUGAUGUGGUUGUUGAUGAGACUUGGUUUUCUGAUCCGGAAUUUGCUAAGAAAGAACAGCAAUGGUAUGUGCUUUCAAAGACAUUGGCUGAAGACACUGCCUGGAAGUUUGCCAAAGAGAAGGGUAUUGACAUGGUUGCAAUUAACCCAGCAAUGGUGAUUGGUCCUCUCUUACAGCCGGCACUAAAUACAAGUGCGGCUGCAAUUUUGAACUUAAUAAAUGGAGCACAGGUGUUUCCCAAUCUAACAUUUGGAUGGGUUGAUGUCAGAGAUGUUGCCAAAGCACAUAUUCAAGCAUAUGAAAUCCCUUCAGCUAGUGGAAGAUAUUGUAUGGUUGGGAGAGUUGUACACUAUUCUGAACUUGUGAGGACUUUAAGUGAGCUUUAUCCCUCUUUACAACUUCCACAAAAGUGUGCGGACGAAAAGCCGUUUGUGCCAACAUUUCAAGUGUCCAAAGAAAAGGCAAAAAGCUUGGGUAUUGAAUUCACUCCUUUUGAGGUGAGCCUUGAGGAAACUGUUGAAAGCUUGAAGGAAAAGAACUUUGUCAGCUUUUAAGUUUGGUAGCACCCUGAAGCUCUUUCCAAUAAACAAAUGACACUUAGGUGUUUUGAUUGUGGGAGUCUCCAAUAAAAGGAAUAUUAAUUUUCUGGUGGAAAAUGAGGAUGCUUUGUAUUUUUCUUUUGGUAGGUUUCAAAACUACUCAUUUUGGUGAGUGAAUAAUACCAGUGUGAUGGUGAAUGUAAUAUCAGUGAGUGCUUAUUAAUAUUGUUAAUUACAGUCUCUAAUGUUACAUAAGAUUGCUUA